UGGGGAUCCAGCUCCAGCGAUGGGAUCCCGCGAGGAGGCGCUCGAGGCGGAGAAUGGGCGCCUGGUGUCGGAGAUGGCGUCGCUGAAGAAGAAGAUAAUGGUGGCGCUCAAGAAGCAGCAGGCGGAGCUCCAGGCGAAGAUCCAGGCCGCGGAGCAGCGUGCCAUGGCCGCGGAGGCUGCCGCGGCCAUGAGCUGCACCAAUUCCUCCUCGCCGGCGGCGAAAUCUAGCAGCGAAGCAGCCAGGUCAGAUGUAGAGGUCAAUUCGUCCGCAAUGCGGAUGAGCGAUGAGGUCUCCAAUGGGGAAGCGCGGGAGGACGAGGUAGCUCGCGGUGAGAUCGAUCAGCUUCGCAGCGAGCUUUGUCAAUUGAAGGACGUGCUGGAAGACGAGCGCAACAGAAAGGCUAGUUUGAGCGGGCAGCUAGAGGAAAGUCGGCAUCGUAUUGAAGAGUUGUCAAAGGCUAACGAGAAGAUGGAAGCUCAGCUUCUUUCCGCUGCUCAACAAGUUUCUGACACUUUCUCUCGAGUUGCUGAAAUGCACGAGAAGAUAGAAACGCUAUCCAAAGAACGAGAUGUUCUUAAGCUUGCGAAUGAAAGGCUGUCUGUGGAGCAUGACAGGAUGAGCAAGGAACUGCAGACUGCGAGUGAAGACGUCGCUUUGAAGGCCAAGGAAAUGCAAGAAAUGCUGGCUUCACAUAAAGCAACGCAAGAAGGCCAGGAAGCUGCAAUGGGCCACCUUAUGCAGCAAAUGCAGGCGAUCGAGGCAUCGAGCCGUAAGGAUCUAGAGAGCAGCACUGACGGAAAAUCAACAGCUGAGAUCAUCGAAGAUCAGAAGAAAACAAUUGGACUCCUGGAAGAGGAGUUGGAGAAGUUCAAGGGUCAAAUCUCGCUAUCAAAGAACUCGAACGAGCUUUUGAGCCCGGGAAAAGAAGUUGAUGGAUUUUUACCGGAUGGUCAGGUUGCAAGUUCUUCUGAAGAAGUUGCAAGUUAUCAAGAAAGAAUCAGCUUUCUUGAAUCCGAGCUUAACGCGAUACAAUCGCAAAUGCAGAAAAUCUCGGAAGAACAUCAACAUGCUAUUGGCAGCCUCGAGAACCAGCUGAAGGAGCGUGACGACAAGUACGCUGAACUGGAUCUAAAGUUUAACCGGCUGCAAAAGCGAGCAAAACAACGCAUACAGGAGACACAAAAGGAAAAAGACGAGAUUGCAAUGCAGCUUUCGGAGGCUGUUGCAAAGCAUGCUACUAUGCAGGGUGACCUCGAGCGCUUCAGAGCACAGGCGGGCGAUGCAAUACGGGCAUUGGACGGAGAAAGACAAAAUCUUCGCAACUCUAACGCAAAACUUAAAGAGGAAAUCGACGAUGUCAAACAUGCCCUUACUGCAAGAGAUGAGAACCUUGAAGAGUUGCAAAAACUUGUUCAAGAAAAAGAACAGAGUGUUGUAAGUAUGCAUGCUGACAUAAAGGAAAUACAACAGAGACACGGAGCUGUACUUUUGGAGAUAGACCAGAAAAACAAGAAGAUAGUUGACACCUUACAAAGCCAGUUGACGGAUGCAACCUUGGAGACGAAUAAGCUGGCUGAAACUAUAUCAAACUUACAGGCUUUACUAGUGGAAAAAGAGUCUAAGCUGACUGAUGUCGAAGCCACACUAACUGGGAACGUAGCAAGAUUAUCUGCAGCUGUAGAAGCUGAAAGGAGAGAGGCGGAGCAACUGCGAAAGGAUCAGGAAAAGGAGCGCCAAAUGUGGAAGGAAAGUAUUUCUGAACUGCAAAACAGAAUUCACCAGCUAGACCAAGCGUAUCAGCAAAUGGAGGACGCAUUAGCAGUGUCAAAAAGGCAGAAGGAAAUUGAACUGGAUAGUCAACGCCAGCUCCUUACAGAUGCCGAAAGAGAGACCUCUCUGGCUAAGGAGGAGGUUGCCCGUCUAAGCAAAGAAUUUACUGCGUACAAGCAGCGAGCUCAUGCUCUUCUUCAAAAGAAGGAAGCAGAACUUCAGGCUGCAAAAGAUGCAGACCUUGCUGCUGCUCAGGAGGAAACUCUAAAGGACGCUCAAAAGCAAGCAGCAGUAGCUAUUGCAGAAAGGGAUCGAGCUGUUAAUACUUUGAAGCAAACUGUUACUGAAUACGAGACUCAACUGGCUGCAAGAAACGUAGCUGUUGUCGAUGCUGAACAGCGCAUCAAGGAUUUGGCAACCCAGCUCGAGUCUGUGAAGGGUAUUCUAUCGUAUGAACGGCAGGAAUGGGAUAAACAUUCGAGGGAGCGGGAAUUGUCUUGGCAAGAGAAAUACGAAGAACUUGUCACGAAACAUAAGCAGCCUGCCGACGGCAGCAUAAUAACUGAAAUGGCUGCCCUUCGUGCUCAAUACGACAUGUUGAAGGAUGAAUUUGUUAACUUUCGCGAUAUGGCGAACAAAAUGAUGGAAGCUAAGGAUCAAGAAAUAAACAAGCUUCUGGAUGACAACGAUUCUUUGCAAAAGAAACUUCAAUCUCAACCUCAAGAAAACCACGUCAAAACAGAACCAAAGCAACAAGAAGUAGUCGCAGUUGCGGAGCAACAAAUUUUGUUGCUCGCAAGACAACAAGCACAGAGAGAGGAAGAGAUGAAGCAAAGUCAGCGCCAAAUACAAGUGCUACAAGAAGAGCUGUCGGAGCUGGAACGUGAGAACCGCUUACGCAGCCAACAGGAAGCUGUGCUCAAAAACGAACUCCGGAACAUGGAUCGUGCUGCAAGGCGUGAGAAUGUCGACAUGACUUACCUCAAGAAUGUGAUAUUGAAGCUCCUGGAGACUGGCGAGGUGGAAGCAUUGCUGCCAGUUGUGGGAACGCUGCUUCAAUUCAGUCCAGACGAGAUCAAACGGUGUCAAGCGCUGUAUGCCGCCGCCGCCGCCGAGAGCCCAGCUUCCACACCAAGAAUACUUCUCUCCAGGCUGACCUUCUCAAGCUCCAAGUGAAAAGCGCCAGGCAAGAGCGCUUUUGAUAUAUUUUUCACGAUUCGUCUUGUGGAUAGAACGUCGAACUAUUGGUUCGUAAAAGUAUAGCCAGCGAGAAACUAGCUCGUGGAGGAAGGAAAAGUGAAAUCCUUAGGACUCU